AUGUCAGUGAAGCAUACGCCGAUGAAGGCAGAUAAUUCGAAGAUGGACGUGAAGGACGUCAAGACGUUGGUGUUUCGGCGUGGACAGGCGAAAGCUCAGAUCACCAAGAUCCGGAAGGCGCUGGAUGAGGCAGCUGGAGCUGGAGCCGUCGCACAGAGCAUGGCUAUGCUGUCGGUGUACUCCAGAAAGCUAGACCACUUCUACUACGAGUACCGGCAGUACCACGACGAAAUCAUCGCAGUAACUCCUGAAGAGUACUGGGAGGAGCAAAUGGUGGCUUACGAGGCGUUCGAGACGCAGCACACGGAAGCUUGCAUGCUGCUGGAAACAAUGAUGGAAGUGUUCUCCGACCCAAGCGCAAACCAACGCCGAGCAAAUACCCAGCACAACCCAGAUGUUCCACACAUCGUAGUGCAGCAGCAGCCGUUGAAGGCGCCAAUCCCAACCUUCGACGGCAAACCGGAGAACUGGCCACGCUUCAAGGUCAUGUUCUUGGACGUUAUGGCAAGGUCAGCCGACUCGGAUGCCAUAAAGCUUUAUCAUCUGGAUAGAGCCCUGGUCGGCGCUGCUGCUGGCAUAAUUGAUACCAGAACCCUAAGCCAGAACAACUACACGCACGCUUGGGCGAUCCUCGAGGAGCGCUUCGAGGACAAGAGAGUGAUAGUGGACAUCCAUGUGAACGGCCUGCUGGGAUUGAAGCGGAUGCAGCGGGAGAGCUCGAAGGAGUUGAGGGAACUUUUGGACGAGUAUCAUUUCCUACAAGAGGAACUAAGUAUCUUCAUCGGACCCAGCAAUAUGAUGCAGAAUAAUGGAUUCUUCCGAGAAUCGCGAGACAGGCUCGAGAGAGAGUCUGAGGAAGAGAGAGAGUAUGAGGAAGAGGAAUCAGGAGGCAUUCAUAGGCGACUACAACCGGGUCGGGUUGAUAAGCCACGAGGCAAUAAUAACAAGAACAAUUACAACCAUAACAACAACAAUUACAACCCCAACAACAACAAUUACAACCACAACAACAGCAAUUACAACCAGAACAACAACAAUUACAACCAAAACAACAACAAUUACAACCACAACAACUACAACAACAAUGGUUAUAAUCAACAUAACAACAAUAGGGCUUUGAAAGCUUUGGAAGCUAAGCUGAGCAAUGAGAAAAUAUUGAAUGAAGCAUUAAGCCAGGAAGUCACUUUGCUGAAGAUGCGAGAGGAAGAGCUUGCUUUAUCGGUUGCUGAGAACGAAACGGCAAUUAAUUCCGAAUUGGAAAGUAAAGAAAGUGAAGUACGCAAGUUGAAGGUGCAACUCGAAAGCAAUAAGAAGAACUACGUGAAGAAGUUGGCCGAACUGAACUUCACCAUCCAGGAAAUGAAGAAGCGUUCCGUGGAAGAUUCUGAUAUUGCGAAGGAACUGGAGGAAGCGAAGAAGAAGAUGAACAAGGACAUCAAAGUACUGCAGCGGCAAAUCUUCGAACUGCAAGCCACCAACGAUCGGCUGGACAAGAGCAAAAAGAAUAUCCAAUCGGAGCUGGAGGAUGCCACCAUCGAGCUGGAGACGAAGCGUACUAAGGUGCUAGACUUGGAAAAGAAGCAGAAGAACUUCGACAAAGUUCUCGCCGAGGAGAAGGCCGUCAGCGAGCAGCAUGCCCAGGAACGGGAUGCCGCCGAGCGGGAAGCUCGCGAAAAGGAAACCAAGGUGUUGUCGUUGACGCGGGAGCUGGACGAAGCGUACGAGAAGAUCGAGGACCUGGAAACGAAACGGAAAGCACUGCAGAACGAGUUGGAGUUCGAGCAAAAGACUUUGGAAUUGGAAAAGGAGAACCAUAAUAUGAAAACAGUUAUUAUUAGUUUAGAGCAAGAAAAAAGUGACAUUUCUUCAAAGUUUGUGGGAUUCGAACGAAAGAUUUUGGAUCUGGAAAUGGAGAACCUUCGUAUGAAGACGGUUAUUAUCAAUUUAAAGCAAAAGAAGAAUGAGCAAUCUUCAAAGUUUAUGGAUUUCGAGCGAAAUAUUGUGGAUCUGGAAAAAGAAAACCAUCGAAUGAAAACGGUUAUCAUCAAGCUGGAGCAACAGAAGAGCGAUCUUACUAAAAAAUUGGCAGAAUCAACUGAUAAAUAUGAAAAGCUACUCAAUGAAAAGGAUACGUUGUCAACUAAAGUUCAAGAACUAGAAGAAAAUUCAAAAUGUUUCAGUAGCUAUGAAAAAGUUACAAGUUUCAAAAGCCCAACUGAUAAUUUUUGCGUAAUUAAAGAGGAAACGCACAACAAAUUGACUUCACCACUGAAACAGUUAAAGAAAGCCCAUGCAGAGAAAGCAGUGAGCGAAUACCGCAAUACUAAAACUCGGUUGAAAUUGCAACAGCUACAAGAAACUACCUAUGAUAACGAGAACUUUUUUCAAGAACCCCAAAGCCAAAUCAAACAACAAGAAAGUGCUCAUGCCAAAGAGGAAGCAACUAUUGCGAGUCUCGCAAAAAGGAAAGACUUCGAACCACUCGACAAUCUUUUAAACGAGAUAGAUUCACUACUCGAUUCUGUCUUUUCGGAAAACUAUGAGUGCCUAACGGAACUCUUGUGGGAUGACCACGGUUGAUUUGAACCAAAAACAACAUUUAUCAACAAUAAAUAUUGUUUCUUCUCGUUUACAACAAUUGUAAAUACCCAUACUGGCAAAGGAGAGCUAAUUAUUCCUCAUGUUAAAAUAUUGUCGAUGAUAUUGACUAAUUUACACUCAUAAUCAAAUCAUUAAGGAUUAUGAAAAAUAUAUAGGAAUAGAUUAUACCUACAACUUAGUUGAUCAAAUUUAAAUAAAAAUAAAGAGUGACUACAUGAUACCAAACACAUUACCUUUUACAGAAAGAGCGAUUGAUAUGAAUCAUAUCAAUGCAAAUAUAAACGAAAAUCAUAUUUCAUCUGUCACCGCUCAGGAUAAAGUGGUAAAUUGAAUUAAUGAAAAAUGAGAGGAAUUUCAUACCCUCAAUAAAUACAAAAUGAAAAUUAAAAG